CCAUUGCAGACUAAAUAGUUCAACAAUAUACACCGAAAUCAACCACAAAAAUUAAAAAUGAAGCUCACAAUCGCAAUUUUCUUCAUUCUCGCCUUAUUCGCAAUUCUAUCAGUCGAAGGAGCUCCAAAGUCUAGCGAGGAAAAAUCUUCAGGAUCUGAAAGUUCAACAGCUUCAUCAGGCUCAUCAUCAAGUGCACCAAAGAAGUCUCGCAAGUCCAGAGAAGCAACAGAAGCUGAUGGAGAAUCAACAACAAUUGGAGUUUAUAACAAGCAUGUUCCAAAGAAGGGAGACACUUAUGAACCACAAAAAUAAGAAAUUUGUGAAAAAAAUUUGAAAUAAAAUUGAAUUUUAAAGUUGCAAAAUAAAUAUGAAAAUGACUUUUAACUGAACUUUUUUUAAAAAUUUUAAUUUUUUUGGAUUUUUUGAUUUUG